CUGACUCGAGAGGGGGGUGUGUCGUGGGACCUAAAGACAUUCACAGUUUAAAACUGGUUUUAUUUUAUAAUGCUUUCACCGAAUUAUUCAGCUGGUAAUUGAAACAGUCUUCAUAGAAUCAUAUCGUUACGUUUCAACCAGUAUUUAUUUUCAUUUUACCGGAAAAAAGAAGAACUACCAAUGAAUUGUACCAGGGUCCUGCAGAUAUUAAACCCCAGGCCGAUGCCAAGUCCCAUCAUGCCCGUGGACGUGGCCAUGCGGAUCUGUCUGGCACAGUCACCACCAGUAUGCAGUUUCCUGGGAUCCUACGAAGCGCGCAACCUCAUCAACCAGUACAAGCCGCUGCGCCCCUGCAUAAGCUCCAAGGCAGAGGUCGAAACCACCAACGUGGGUUGGCGGAGCCCCAAAACCAAGCGCAAGAAGAGGGUGGUGUUUGCAGACUCCAAGGGCAUGUCCCUGACCGCCAUCCAUGUGUUCAAGGAAUUUCAAGAUGACCCCCUGGCGGACCUGCAGUUCGAGUUGUCAGACUUGGAGAACGCCAUCGUAGGCCUGAGGGUGGAGAAAGAGAAGAGCUUGAUGUUGGACUUCGCCCAGCCAGCUGCAGACUACCUGGACUUCCGGAACCGACUAAAGAAGAACCUCGUCAGCCUGGAGAACUGCGUGCUCCAAGACAAGUCCCUCAGCGGCACCAUCAAAGUCAGCAACGUGAGCUUCGAGAAGACGGUCAACAUCCGGAUAACAUAUGACUCAUGGAAAACCUACACGGACGUUCCUUGUAUCUACAUGAAUAAUGUGUACGGCUGUCUGGACAUUGAUACCUUUUCGUUUUUCAUCGACCUGCCCAGUGUCAUUCCCCACAACAAAAGCGUGGAGUUUUGUAUCUGCUACAAAACCCUGGACCAGGAGCAUUGGGACAACAACGACGGCAAGAACUACAAGCUGGUCCACUCGGAACACGAACAGGACCAGCACUCGUGCGCCAUCCAGGCGCCUACGCAGAAGUUCAAGAGCAAGAAAACCGAGAUGGAGUUUGAUCAGUUCGGGAGCCCGAGGACGUCCAGUGGUUUCUUCCCCGAGUGGCAGAGCUGGGGCCACAUCGAGAGCAGCACCCCCUACUGGUGAUCUAACAAAAUAAAAUUUAAAAAAAAUCACCCCAACACGACUAACCCAAGAGAAACAAAGCCUCCCAUAGAUGAAGCCUGUGGAGAUCUGACCUUGGACCAAGCCUAGUGGAGAUAACAGGCUUAUUCCAAAACAGGCCGCUGAUAGCCAUUGGCUCAAGCCAUUCAGUUACCCGUCAACUUGAACUUUCAAUCACAGAUGCUAACAGCUUGAACGCCCCAUCAGUUCCGAGAGAUGUACACAUUGUCUUCCUGCUUUGUCAACUGAAAAUAUAAUCGAUGGAUCAUGGGGGAAAUGAACAGUAUUGCAAAUGUGGAUGAGGGGAAGAGUGACGGUUAGCGUUCGAUGUUACGGUCACACUAAUCCCAGUGCAGAGUAGUCUGUGAGAUUAACCAAUGUGGCUAAUUGCUGUCGUCAUGUCAUCUGAUGUGGCAAGCUAAAAUGGAGCAGGAUGAAACUCAACUCGGGUUGGCUGAACAGGGUAAUGUUCCGCUGUAUUUCCUGACAAAUGGUUGUCCUUUUUUUGCAAGUAUCUCAUUUUUGCUGUGCACUUAAAGCAUUACUUAGAGUUUCAAACUGAAGUUGUUCAAUUUGAUUUGUUUUUAUUUUUUUCCUUGUAACAUAAAUGCCUUCCUUUGCAAUUGUCUAUGAUUGUCAAAGUCAGUUCUAUGGAGUUUGAUGGCAUUACUUCAGCCCUGUAUUAAGUCAAGGCCUUUUUACAAAGACAAGAUCAGCUGCAGAAGUCAAAUUCGUCUCUGUUAGUUCUUGUAGUGCACACUGCUGAAUUGCAUAUGCUUCUUCAUGUUUCUUUUUCAUUCUGCUGUCUUUUGUUUGCACGAAAAAAGGGGGAGUGUUCUCAUGGAUCACUUUUGAGUUUGAUUGUGAGGAUCUCAUGCCAGCACUCUGAGUGCAAAGGAUCCUAAUUCUACCC